AUGGCCACUGAUGAAAAGAGAGAAGCCAGUUUCCUCAAGACAUGCAUUAAUGGCAUAAAUGCACUUUCAGGUAUUGGCAUAUUAUCAGUCCCAUUUGCCCUCUCAUUAGGAGGCUGGUUAAGCUUGAUCAUUCUUGUGUUAAUUGCAUCUGCAGCCUGCUUCACCGCGCUUUUGAUAAGGCGGUGUAUGGAAAAAGAUCCCGUUAAGAUCACAAGCUACAUUGACAUAGCAGGCCAUGCUUUUGGCCGCAAAGGGAGAGUUAUAGCUUCUGUUUUUACCUGUUUAGAGCUUUACUUUGUUGCCACAGGCCUUCUAAUAAUGGAAGGAGACAACUUGCACAAGUUUUCACCAAAUUUUGCCUUGAAGAUUGGGGGUUUAACACUUGAAGGGAGACAUGCUUUUGUUGCUCUUUCUGGUAUCAUGAUCUUUCCCUCUAUGUGUUUGAAUAAUCUAAGUGUUUUAUCAUAUGUUUCUGCUGGUGGGGUACUCUCUUCUUUGAUUAUCAUUGUGUGUGUUGUAUGCGUUGGCACGACAAAGAGUGUCGGAUUCCAUGACAAGGGAAGGCUCUUCAAUUUGGAUGGAUUGCCUACUUCUCUUAGUUUGUACAUUUUUUGCUAUGGUGCUCAUGCUGUGUUCCCUCCUAUCUACAAUUCCAUGAGAAAGAAGAAACAGUUCUCCAUGGUCUUAUUACUAAGCUUCAUAAUCUGUACCUUAACAUAUCUGACACUGGCAAUUUUGGGGUACCUUAUUUAUGGACAGAAUGUACAGUCACAAGUAACAUUAAAUCUGCCUACAGAAAGGCUUAGUUCAAAGGUUGCUAUAUACACCAUUAUAGCCGUCCCUAUUGCCAAAUUUGCAUUAACAGUAAUGCCGAUUGCAACAGCAAUCGAAAGUGGAUUGCCUUCCAAUUACCAAGAUAGUAAACCAACAGGAAUUAUCAUCAGAAUGACUUUACUGGUGAGCUCUGUGGUUUGUGCUUCAGUUUUUCCAUCAUUUCAGUCUGUGGCAUCUCUCAGUGGAGCACUUCUUAUAAUGGUGGUUUCUUUCUUGCUUCCAUGUCUUUGUUACUUGAAGAUGUUUCAGGUUUACAGGAAGUGGGGAUUUGAGCUUGCAGGCAUUGUUGCUAUAAUGUUAAUGGCAGUUUUUGUUGGAAUUUUGGGCACAUAUUCAUCCAUUGCUCAAACUGUAACACAUAUGUAG